UGUCAUCACUUCCAGCCUCGAUCUCAACAGGAGGAUGUGAUGCCGGAAGAGGUAAUAAAUUUACACCGUAAAUGGGUGAUCAAGUGUCGUGGCGGUGAGGUCUUAUCACGGUCGCUCUGCCUGAAGGGUUUUGGGCCUGCUGGCUAUCUACUGAAUAUAUGGCUUCCGGAGCGACAUGGUCUUGAGAAUGAAGUAACCAUUCGCUUGCAGCAGUUAGACGGUGUCAUGAAUGAGGAUCUUCUCUGGAAGGCCAGAAAAUCGGCUGUAUUUCAUCUCACACCGCAGAGUAAAUGUAUCUACAUCCGUUUGCAUGUUUUACAGCUUAUAGAGAACUAUUGUGGUCCACUCACUGAUGAAGAUCAACCCUCCAUAGGAACACCGAUUCGCUUUAGCGAGUUUGUUGAAGUCGUCGAUGCUGCCCCAUAUGAUCGCAGUAGUGAUAAAACUUGGACAAGGCUGACCGGUGAAGAUAAGGUCAAGCGAUAUGUUUUACUCAGUUGUUAG